GCAGCUCCGUCAAUGCAAACAUGAGACAGUUCGUGUGUGUCUGUGGAUUUUCAACAAGUCUAUGUAGGUCACGACACGCGUAUGAGUGGCGAGGCGCCGUCGUCUUGGAAGCCCGUUACCAGCGCGGUAGUGUCCUUCUCCUUCAGCUGCACAUGUCGACAGGGAAAGGGCAAGCGGUGGAGGGGUCAGCACACAAUACACAGAUCAUGGAAUACAUGUGUCUGUGUGUUGCUGUGUUGGUCGGCCCCGAUGUCCACAUACCUUGAGGUACCAUAUGUAGUUGAGCAGCUCCUCCUGCGUGAAGUUGAGUCCGCCCUGAAACGACUGGUAACCCAAUCCCUACCAGCAUAACAGACAAAUGGAAACGAGAGACACGUAUCUGCAUUUGCCGCGCUUGGGGUCUCAUCAACCAUUGUCCUUCCUCACCUCAGCGUUGAGUAUGUCCUGUCUGCCCGCCGCCUCUCUCUCGGCAAUAAUGGAAUUCGCUGGACACAUCCAUCCAUCCAUCCAUCCGACACGCGCUGGCAUGUGUCUCAUAUGGCGGGGAAUGCGUACCAUCCCUCUCUGCCGUGUCCAUGAUCAAGCGCUUGUUCACGCGCUCAAGCUCGACAUCCGCGGUCGUGUCUGCAACAAACAGGAAAACAAGGGGACCUAAGGGGUACUUCUGCUCCCUCGCUGCCUUUGUGGCUGACUGACUUGCUUCGAUUUCUUUGACGAGUCCCUCCACUUUGCGCAUGGCGGCGUUUCUCUCCGACACCUUCUGAUCGAGGAACUUCUUCUCCUGCGUCUCGCGGAGAAUGAUGCGGCCCAGAUACAAGGCCGCAACGUAACUUCAUUCCGUCCAGACACAGACAGAGGCAGACAGGCAAGGCGCAGGUGUUGGUUGUCGUGGGGGAUCCAGUGUGUCGCUUGCUCACGCGUAGAAUGGCUGCAGUUGACGCGUGACCUCCUGGCCAAACGCCUAACAACAUUCAUCGAGGGAGGGUGCAGCCUCUGUCUUGCUUCUUCUGUGCAGUCUAUCCACCUGCUGCACGAGCGGUCUUCUCUUGAUCAUGUCAUCGACGGUGAAUCGCUCAGCGGUAUUGGCCAACGCUGCCUGGAUUAGGAAAAAUAGAGGCACAGCCCUGUCGAUCGAUUCCAUUCCAUCCAUCCAUCCAUGCGCCUGUUGCCUACCCUUGCUUUGUCGACAUACAUCGAGUGGUAGUUCUCCUUGAGUGCCUCGUACAGGUCCGGCAGCUGCUCUAUCCUCAACCUGCAGACGCACGACACACAGGCACACAUCCACCGGCACCCACCCGUCCUCUGUGUAUCUAUCGGCCCACCUGUAGUAGAUGAAGACUUCCACAUCCACCGACACUGCACUUGAGCCGCUCUCGCUUCGUGUCUUGGUGGCGAUGGGACGGCCGUCCACACAGUCAGAGCAAAACUGACACACGUACAUGGCAGACACACGUACAGAUACGUGAGGCCAGCCAUCAUGGCUGGGUGGUGUGGCUGGUGGCUGACUGCUGACCUCCAUGGGCAGCCAUGUGGUCGGGUAUGCGAUGAAGCGGUUCCCAAUACCCAUGAAGUACCUGCGAAAGAAACGACAAAACAGGCAAGACACACCAAGAGGCAUCCCCCUUCUUGAAUUGUGCUGGCUGACCGGCCCUCUCUGAAGACUUUGUCUUUGUACAGCGUCACGUAGAUGUCAUUGAAUCUGCGGCAACACGGGAAGUGACGAUCUGUGCGUCGGCCGUCCCAUGCUCAUCCCUCACCUCAGCCCAACGCGAUUGGUCUCCAGCACCGCAAACGAAGACGCAAACAGAGAUAUGGCCUGCACACAUGCGUGGACGCACGUCAACACAGACAGAAAAGAGAGAGAGAUGAGGUGUGCAAGCACCGCCACUGCGCCUGGCCACUGCGUUCCACUUUCGUGGCUGUUCAUAUAUACCACGAUGAUGAUGGUCAGGAUGCAGCAGGCAAAGCAGCCGUGCCUGAACUUGUUCUCCAUCGCAGACACACAGCUGCUCAGCAGAAAAUGGCAGAUCUAGGAGCGCCGCUGUGCACCAUGUCGACCAGGCCGCUGCUGUCGGUGUCGCCAAAGAGGACGCGUACGAUAGAGUUCCCGGUUCAGCUGGGAUCCCAGCCAACU